AUGUCUGAGGUCCGUCGAUCUGCCAGAAUAAGGAGUAAGUCCUCAGUAGAGUCCCAUGAUGAUGUUGAUGAGGAAGAGGUUCGAGUUGAUGUCGACACCGCCAUGGAGAAGCCGUUUAGCGACGAAGAUGAAAGUUCAGAUGAAGAGGAAGAUGCUCAAGAUGAAGAUUAUGAGGAGACUUCAAACGAGAGAAAGAGGAAAGCCGGCGGUCAAAACGGCAGGAGUGCAAGCAAACGAGGGAAAUCGAAUACUGGCCAUGGGUCAAGAGCUCCGUCGAGGAAACGCAGGUCAGCGGUAUCAGCAAGCGCCAAAGAAGAUCAGGAACAGUUUCUCGAGGCAGUUAAGGACUUCCAACCUACGGAAAUGUUCGAGAUUUUGGCAACUUCUGAAGAUGUCUCAAUUGAAGAGUUGGCUAGAAACUGGUUAGAAACCUACAAGGGUGAUAGAGAGGAGUUUUUGAAAGAUUUUAUCAAUCUGCUUUUGUGCUGUUGCGGGGCAGUGGCUCAUGUUGAAACGCACGAUGUUCGGAGCAAUGAAUCGUCAAACGAAACCAUUGAAGAAGUACAGCUAGUCUUUCAGAAACAGAAGAUUCAUGAAUUCCACCUGCUCAUCAGCAAAAACUCUAAAAGAAAAUCGAAGUAUCCUCAUCUUUACAGCAAUUUCGUGGAAUUGAUGUCGAGAUUGAUGGAUCUGGCGGACGAAGUUCAACUGAUAUGUACCGAGUACACUGAGGACGAUAGUCAGAUAACCACAGGUCCGUUUGUCCUCGACUUACUCACUUGGCUUUCGACACUCUCCGUCUGUAGGAUACGGUGCUUGAGAUACAUAGCGACUCAAGUGCUGUAUCUGUUUCAAGAUUACUUGACAGAACACAUUGUGGAUUUGGAGAGGAAGUACUUAUCCAAGCUAUCGAAGCAACUAAGGAUGGAGCAGCAAAAGAAGCGACCUAACAAGAAGACAUUGGAGAAGCUAGAGUCGACCAUCGAGGAAGUUCAAAGUAACAAAAUGGUUGUGCGCGACAUCAUCGAUCAGAUAAUCAAGCUGUCGUUCGUCCAUAGGUUCAAGGAUGUCGAUGACCAUAUCAGGUCUCUCUCGAUGAAGCAUUUAUCUGUCUGGAUCCAGAACUACCCUGAGUAUUUCAUGAAGGUUACAUUUCUAAAGUACUAUGGCUGGCUCUUGAGCGACUCCUCAGCUGAAGUAAGAUCUCAAGUCCUCAAGAUCUUACCUGAUCUAAUCAGUAAACAACACAGUAAAGUGAUCGACAAUUCCGCCGUCCGUCAGUUUUUUGAAAGGUUUAAAGAGAGGAUACUGGAGAUGGCUCUGAAAGACGAAGUUCUAGAUGUCAAGAUGAAUGCGGUAAAUGUUCUGAUUGAAGUAGCCGCUUUAGGAUAUUUGGAGAACCACGAGAUUUUGUCAAUUUCUAGCUUAAUUUUUGAUGAGAAAGAGGUCAAAGUCUCUUCCCGUGGUAAAAGCACCAGGUUCCUCAUGGCUGUUGCCAAAUUCUUCGCUCAAGUUACUGCUGAGAAAAUCAAAGACUUCUUGAAUAACCAUGCUCUACCCAAUACUCUUUUCGAAAUCUCUACGCCAUCCUUAGUCAAAAUAGGUAUAUUCAUGAGGCUUUUGAAAGAAUCUUUUGAUUACCACCUUCAGGACAAGCCAGAGAUAGGAAAAAAGUCGACUACUCUCUUCCAAGCGGCCGAAUUCCUGUAUCCUUCUUUCGGCUCUUUGAUAAAGGAAAUAUGCGCAAUACUGAUUUAUGAUGGAGAACUGCAGCAUCCAGCCUUGAACGGUGAAAAUCCUUCAGAGGAGGAGGAAGCCGAGAACGAAGAUGCAAGCGAAUUAUUACUGCCUAACGACGUGAAGAGCUCUGAGCUGUACAUCACUGUUCUUUACGGCUUGUGCUAUGGAGGUGCUAAUAUCAAAGCACAGCCAAGGUUUGAUGUUGCGGAGGCCGUCCUUCCGCAAUUAGACCGGCUUGUGAACCAGUUAUCACUUCAAUCGGGCAAUAUGCUUUCGUCGCUUACGGGUAUCUUUAAUUUAUUCUCCUUCGAGGAUUGGAUUCAUACGGGUUAUGAAAAGAAUAUCCGCACAACGCUUGAUAAAUUCAUAAAGGCAUUUUCAGAAACGCAUCUGAGCUGUGAGCUUACCGAUGUUAAGUAUAAGGCUUUUUCAGAUACCGUCCAGCAUGUCAAAGAGUUGAAGUUGAAUGAGCUCGACCAGUGUUUGCAAAAUCAGGCAAUACAUAUCAAAAUUUUGCUGGAGAAGUUCUUGGACGAGAAACUGAAUGAUGAAGAUGGCAAUAUUCUAGAGCUUUUCGAGCUUUUAAACACCAUGUUCAUCAACAAAUUAACUCUGUUGGGAAAAUAUUACCCAGUUGAGAUGCCUGAUUCUUUACUGGACAAGUUUCUCAGCAAAUAUCUACUGCAAAUACCACUUCACUCCGCUCAAAUUGAUUACGACCUUAUGAAACAGAUUAGCUUCAACAUCCUGGCUCUCGCCGCAGCCUGGGAGAUUCAGAAAUGGGCCGACAUUUUGACCAAUAGAUCACUGGAUAAAAAUGAACAACAGAUACCGCAACUUGAGGUCCAAUUGCUCCACAAGAUUCUUGAUGCAUUCAAGAAAGUUUUGACUGCCAUACACAAUGACAAUGCCAAUAAGGUUUCCAGUAACUUUUUACUUAAAUUGGCACUAGCUAAUCCAUUUAUUGACAUCAUUAUCUCGAUAAAGGUUUUCCAGCUCAGGUUAUCUGAUAAUCAGCGUUCGUUACAGCAGUCUAUGGAGGAAUUGGUGCCGAGACGUUUAUCUCUAGAGAUCAACUCUGCUCUUUUAAGCAUUUUUCUUUAUCUUGAGGGCCUAUGUGCUCAGCAACUCGGUGUUCAUCUGGAGAGGUCUCCAGAGGAAGAUGCCAACCUUAACGAUAUCGACGAUGAGCAUGUCUCUAAGGACUGUGAGAAAGUGCUUCUAAUAUUUACUAUCAAGCUGAAGGGUUUAAUAAAGAUCGGACUAUUGGACAGAGAAACAAUGGAUAGAAUAGCACUGAACAAAUCAAAAUUGCCAGUGUUAUUUGGCCAAGUGAUUGACGAUACAAUUUUCGACCAAGAAAAGAAACCCCACAGCAAGGUGCAACACGUCGGUGAGUCAAUACCUGAAGAACCUGAAGAUAUUGACAUGUUGCAAGAUGAUCCUAUCGAGGAUUCCGAAAUAUAA